GUGCGUAAGGCCGCUCUGGGCACGAGGGCACCCAUCUCGUUGGGCCCGCUUGGUGCUAGGAGCAGAUCCGGGGCAGAGGGAGGGGGGCGCUGGGUCAGGGGCCGCUGCUGCCGCUGCUGGGGAGUUCGCCCGCCAGCCCGCACGCCCGCGGUUCGCGGGCCCUGCUGGUCACGAUCAUAUCAGCCAUUGGCUUGCCCUUGAACGUAGUCAACUGAAAGCGACUUGGAAAGUUUCUUCAGGAUGCCUGCAGCACUGGUGGAGAAUAGCCAGGUUAUCUGUGAAGUCUGGGCCAGCAAUCUAGAAGAAGAGAUGAGGAAGAUCCGAGAGAUUGUGCUCAGUUACAGUUACAUUGCCAUGGACACAGAAUUUCCAGGUGUUGUGGUGCGACCAAUUGGUGAAUUUCGUAGUUCCAUAGAUUACCAGUAUCAGCUUUUACGGUGCAAUGUUGACCUUUUAAAAAUUAUCCAACUGGGCCUUACAUUCACGAAUGAGAAGGGAGAAUAUCCUUCUGGAAUCAACACUUGGCAGUUCAACUUCAAAUUCAACCUUACAGAGGACAUGUACUCCCAGGAUUCCAUAGAUCUCCUUGCUAACUCAGGACUGCAAUUUCAGAAGCAUGAAGAGGAAGGGAUCGACACAUUGCACUUUGCAGAGCUGCUUAUGACAUCAGGGGUAGUUCUCUGUGACAACGUCAAAUGGCUUUCGUUUCACAGUGGCUAUGAUUUUGGCUACAUGGUAAAGUUACUUACAGAUUCUCGUUUGCCAGAAGAGGAGCAUGAAUUCUUUCAUAUUCUGAACCUUUUCUUCCCAUCCAUUUAUGAUGUGAAAUACCUGAUGAAGAGUUGCAAAAAUCUUAAGGGAGGUCUUCAGGAAGUUGCUGAUCAGUUGGAUUUGCAGAGAAUUGGAAGGCAGCACCAGGCAGGCUCAGACUCACUGCUGACGGGAAUGGCAUUCUUCAGGAUGAAAGAGUUGUUUUUUGAGGACAGUAUUGAUGAUGCCAAGUACUGUGGGCGGCUCUAUGGCCUAGGAACAGGAGUGGCUCAGAAGCAGAAUGAGGAUGUGGACUCUGCCCAGGAGAAGAUGAGCAUCCUGGCGAUCAUCAACAACAUGCAGCAGUGAUGGCGACAAGGCUCUGUGGGAUGGGCCCGAUCCCAGAGUGGUGCUUAUUGUGCUGACUGUGUAUAUUUAUCUUCCUCCCCAAGAGAAAACGCUUCUUUUGAGCAAACUGUACCUACCAUCUGCAUUGAGCAGAAAGACUUUUGUUUUACUGAAGACAAAAGAUGUCUUUAUUUUAGAUCCAGAAGAGGGGAGUUUGCUCUGAAUUUGUAAACAAGUCUUCCCUAUUCCUCAUCCCCAAGCCUCUCCUCUCCAGUUGCCUCCUUCCUGCCACCAGCAUCCAGGGCGCAUUUGACAUCUUUUUAAAUAUCCAGGACCAGUGAGAAACAAACUAGUAAAAUGUAUAUAACUCUUACCUGUUGUCAUUCUUUUUCUUUUAAAUUUUUUGCUAAUCUCUGAGGAUGAAGACUUCUUGCUAUGAUUCUCAGCCGAGCUGAGGGCUUCCAGGGAAAGUGGAACAAAAUGAUGUUUGUGUGAAGUGGCUUAUAGAUGUUGAAUCUUUCCCUCCCUUCCUUGCCUUUUCCUGACCUUUCUUGAGGGCAUUUGCUUUCCUCACACUUUGUUAGUCUUUCUUUAUGUACUGUUAUAUGGAAAUGAAUUACUCAGUGCUGAAAUUUGAAGACCAGAUAAUGAAAAUUUUCCUUAAAAACAAAAUACUGAUCUGUCUUCCCUUCAUUCACGAGGCACUCCAGAAUGGCUAUUAAGUUAAACAUUUAAAUAUCUUUAAGUCUGUGUUCCGUUGUGCUGCUGAGAUUUGCUGUCACAUGUGCAUCAUUUGAAAUCAUUUUAAGUUUUCAUAUAAUAAAAUAUCCUGGAUUUGAUCCUGAAGGAAAUUAGUAAAAUCAGAUUUUUGGAUCCUAAGUCUGUUGUGUUUUCAGAUGGUCAUCUGUAUUUUCCCACCUCUCUUCCCUGUUUUCCCUGCUUUUCCUUUCAGCAAACUUGAGGAGAAGUUAGGGAGAUGGAUUAGUGUGAGUUCCAGGAAUGUCUUUAAAAAGUUAUAGUGGUUACAUGUAAACAGGGCAGGAAGGAAUUUGGUUUAUAGAGUUUUCUUGUAGUAAUAUCCCACAACUAGGGUAGGAAGCUCAGGACUAUGAUUCCCUUUUUGUUUUUUUUAACUAGUCAUUUAAAAAAUACACCCUUUCCUUUUUUUGAAUGAAUAUAAUGUGGAUAAUUUCAAAAAAACCAAAAACCCCUUUGGAAUAGUGGAAAUGAAACUGGUUAACUCACUGAAGUGGAUGAAUAGCCUUGCAUUUUAAAAGCUUAUGGAAAACUCACUUUGAAAUCAUUAAAAAAUGUCAAGUAUUAUAAGCUGGUAUUUAAAAUGCUUGUAAAUAAUAUUUAUGUUUUUAAUUUUGUAAAAUAAAGAUUUCUUUUUAACCACUG